GACAAAUCCUAGAUGCUUGUUUAACAGUCUUUUCUACUAGCCUGCCAAAUCACUAAGACUGACAUGAUGGCACAUUGUAACUUCCUUGGAUUUCUAUUAUUGGUGGCUGUAGUGAUUUUUUCCUCUCUGAGGAUAUUAAACUCUGUGGAGGAGCUUAAAGAGACAGGCUUUGGCAGGCCACCUCCAAGACACGGACUCGCACUGCUUGUGUGGUAUGUUCAAAACUGUAUUGACAACAACAUGGUGUCUCUCUGUGAUCCCAUGAAAGGUGAUUACGGUUUCCAUGAGUUCAAGAACCUAGGCCCAAGUUUUCUCCUACCCAGGCUGAAGGAUAAGGCAACAUAUGGCUACUUCACCAUAGGAAACCUUCAUUCCAAACAUGCCAGUGAUCUACCCUAUGAAGUCAGGAAAUAUUAUGAUCCACAUGACCCAAAGAGCAACAUGGACAGAGUCAUUGUGAAGUAUAAUAAAAACAAGAACAAAAUAGAGGUGGUGUUCAUAUCCGAGCAUUAUGACAAGUUAAAAACAUACAUUGUUGGUUUGCCUCUUAUCACUGAAUUAAGACAAUAG